AUGAAGGCUACGUCGCAUCCAUUAGGGGUUGAAAGGCGCCCUGCCAGGGCCGGCCACCUAAAUUCGCCUAGAAGGGGCACAACCGCGCUGAGGGAACACGCUUCUUUUCCUUCUGACGUAUUUUCAGCACUAUGGCGUCGGUCAGACCGUGCUGCUCGUGACGAUAUCUCUCCUACUGCCUUGCGGAGCAAGUCUGCUGCGUCGCGUCAAAUAGUGCCUAAGUGGAAUGGCUGGCGCUACAAACACGAUUCCGAUGGCGCGUCGGAAUCGAGCGGAUCUUGUCAAGAGGCACACACGACAAGCACGUACACAACGGCGCUCUACAAUAAGCUGUCUUCAAUGUUCUACGAGUUCAAGGGGUACAUGUACAGCAAUUGGCAGAUGUACAGCGCAGCUGCCAACGAUAGGCCGUCAGCGUCGGGGCAAAUAGAACCAUGCAACCCUACGUCGAAGCGCUUCAUGUGGACCAUGGAUAGCCUGGUUGGCAACAAAGGAAAUGCCGACCCGUUCGUCGCGUUCAUCCCCAGCUUCUCGACCUUGAAGCCGGGCUACGAGUUCAGCGACGCGUUCGUGCCACACCACGACCAUUUCGUGGACUGUUUCGCGUUGUUCAUUGAGGGCAGCGCUUCGCCGGGGAACACCACCGAGCCUCUGCGGCGCACGGAAAGCAACACCUCGGUGGAGAGCAUGGGCGACAACCUGAUUUGCGAGCUUGUGAACAAGGUUUCGCAAGAGGUUAUUUCUGAGUCCGGGCCGUAUCAAUGCGUUUUCGAGGAAGAAAUUGAUUCCCGGACGCCAAACGAUGGCCUACGCAAUUUGAUGAGCGAAUUGCCGAUAAGUAGCGGGAGGAUUAAGUUCUUUCAAACCAUAAAGUCGCUGGGAAAGACUUGGGAAAAUCGUCACAGGCGUCAGGGCAGCCCGGUUUCGAGAGCAUCGGAUCCUGGGCCUGUCGAGUGUAGCUCCCCCGCCAGCUACAUAAAGAACCGCCUUGGGGUGCUCAGCGAGUACCUGGCCCGUAGGUCUGAGGGGGCGCUCAGCGCAGCAUCGUUGAAGUCAUACUUCGGCAACCUGCGUGCAAGGCGAAGUGCCGACUCCGGAGACUCGUCAGCAAGCGACGAGAACGCGCGAAACCGCCUGGAGGAGCACAUUCAAAUUCACACAGGACACUGGGACGAGUUCCAAUACGACGAUAUCGAGGUCAUCCUCCGAGACGACGACAACAACUCGGUGGUGCAACUUCCCUACGGGUGCGUUAUCAUGUGA